AGUGCCUCACGAUACACUGAUAGCUCCGAACAACGAGUUAAUGGUGGACGACGAUGUGUUUCGGUGGGAUACGCGAUCGGGAAUUUACGUUGGCCGCAUACGCGGAGUAGCGGAGGUCGCGCAUCCUACUCUUCCAUGCCGGCGUCAUCCCGGCGAAGCGACAACUCUCGCAGCGACGUUGCAAGGACAUUUGGCUAAAUGGGGAAGGUCAAGAAAAGACCGGAGUUGCUGCACCGCAGCAGGUCGCAGAAUAUACUGCACAGCUUAAGGCUACGGAACUUUGGAUUACACACGGAUAAGACCAAUACGCACGUAUUGGAGGAGGUAGCUGAAAGCAACUUUGUGCUGAAGGACCACAUAGAAUUGAAAUAUGAAUUACCCGGCGUUCCUAGAGCCACUUUCCUAAUGGUUUUCAGUCCUGAUGGGACCAUGAUAGCAUCCACGCAUGGGAAUCACAAUGUUUAUAUCACGGAGAUUGCAACGGGAAAGAACAUUAGAACCCUGUCCGGACAUCCGCGUACUCCCUGGUGCAUAGCUUUUCACCCGUCCUCCAGUCAGAUCUUAGCGUCCGGCUGCCUAGGAGGUCAAGUUCGCGUGUGGGAUUUGAGUGGUGGUAGCGAAAUUUGGAAUGCCGACAGCCACACCGUUAUCGCUUCGCUCGCGUUCCAUCCCUUUGAAAGAUUGUUAGUUAUAGCCACUUAUAAUGAGAUUCACUUUUGGGACUGGAGCAAGUCCCAACCUUUCGCCGUAACUGCUACAAAGACUGACAAAGAAAAAGUGAGAUAUGUAGCUUUUGACAGUUUAGGAAGAAAACUAAUCACAGGCAUCGCGAAUACGCCGCAAGUGCAAUCACAAUGGGACCGGGCACCCGUGGGACAAUUACUUAGAACCAGUUUGAUGAACUUUAGGUACCAGCCACGAGAAAAUUUCCCAGAUAUCGAACUUUCACCUUUUCACCUGUGGAACCAUGGCUCUUUUUAUGGAAGAGGAUCGGGGGACGGUCAUACUGCAGAUAGAACUUCCCGUGCGUAUCUGCUUAUGCGCAGAGGCCACGAAAUGUCCAGCUUCUCGCGAUUCGCCAAUCAUCGUCAACAAUUUAGGAACAGUACGCGGCAGGAGGAAACGCGGUUUCAGCGGCGACGAAAUCUAUCUGAAGAACUGAAUCAAACCAGGGAAGCUACAUCUUCUCCGAGCAUCACGAGAAAUCCAUCUCGCCCGACCGGCAAUCCGACGAACACGGACAAUGUUGACAAUAGAUCAGCGGACGACAGCAACGACGAUGAUUUGCCGAGUUCCCUGAGGAGCCGCGAUCGAGAAUCGAGCGCGAUGAACGACUCCCAUCCCAGGGACGAGCUGUACGAGCGAUUGAAUAACGUGUGGGUCGGCGUGGACGAAAGAUCGCGCGGUAGCAACUCUCAAGAUCCGGAGAGGAGAAUAAAUUUAUGCUACAGAGAUCUCGUCGAUCAAUACGUGACGCUCGUAAGACGCUACUUUGACGUUUCCAGGAACAGAGAUACGAUCGAUCGUGGCACCGACCCCAUGGAUAUGCCGGAAGCCUCGUCCUCCAAUCCCGAGGAGUCCAGUGGCAGAAAUGAAUCGGCGGCGACCGAGUCGUCUAUACGGAGAUUAAGGAACGAAUUGAAUUCCAGCGCGCAAGCGAACAACACGAAUCUGGAGAGGUUGCAGCAAUGCCAGCGAUUGUUGAUGGAACGUUCCGAGCAAGAGGAGAUCGGCACCACCCUGCAGAAUUUGCGGGAGGCUCUGAACGCCGCCGCCGAGAAUAACAGCUCGUGCCUGGUGCGACUGCAGAAAUUGCGGGAGAGGCUGCAGCGGCAGACCGCGACCCUGUUCGAGCACUCCAACAAUCGUAACUCCCGCCUGCAGCUGCUUCGCAACGCUCUGAACGACGAGAUCGAGGCGCUCAACAACAUGGAGGCGCAGUUCACCAACACGAGUUCCCGGAUCGAGCGGCUGCGGGACGAGUUCACGGUGUACGGCAUCCUGCCGCGUAAUCGGCACAUCGCGACCGAUCCGUCGCAGGUGAAUUUAAACGAGGCCGAAUGGAGAGCGCUCACGCCGAACGACGGGCAGAUGCCCAGCACCAGUUCCAUACCGUCGAUGCUGUCUUCGAGAUUGCCGAUGCGAGAUGUCCACGAUCUGGAAUCCAACGUGUUCCCCAGCACGAGUUACGCCGACGAGAACGAGGACCGCGGCACGACGUGGUCCGAUGCCAACGGCAGCGAGAACGCUAAUACCUCGUCGAGAAGCACGGGACGGGCAACGAGAAGACGAUUCGACGACUUGAACACGGAGGACGAACCGCCGAGGCAGCGAAAGCGUAAACUGGGUCCUGCCGAGUUUUCCAUGCCGACGCCACUGUCUUACAUCGAAGACAGCUCAUCCUCGAGCGACGAGGGCUAUUCACGAGCAUCGACAUCAUCCCGUAACGGCGCGUCUAACUUCACAGUUUCAACCCACUCGGCGUUUCAGCCGAACGUGCCCAAGUCCGUCGCGCAAGCACGGGCGAGCAGCAGCAGCAGCAGCACGCGAAAUCAAGAAACUCCAACCAACUCUCCGAGAUUGGACGAAACGAAUAGGAACAAUUUAGCUGACAGUGUAAAUAACGAAUUGAACGAAGACAACGUUCAGGAUAACAGAACGUCUAGGAUCACGCGAAAUGCUCAAGAAUCGAGGUCUCACGAACUCAAUCGCAGGCAAGGAAAUUCACCCUUACUCAGGAGAGUGAUAGACGUUCUGCAAAUCCUCCGAAAUCUGCACGCGGAUCGGAUGGAAAACAAUAAUAGCCAGCAAGUAUUGUUAGACGAUUCGGAGAACGGAUAUUGGCUGCUCGAGGAGAACAGCAAUUCGGAUUCAAAUUUGGAUGACACAAGCCCCAACGCAAACUCGAGCUCUCGCCGGUGGACCAGUCGAUGGAUACAGCUGGACAACUCCAGCAGGAACUCGGAGUACAAUAACGAGUCGACGAACGAGCAAGCUUUACCGAGGUCCCCUUCGGAGGACGGAGAUCAGAGUCUCAACGACAGGCACAGAGAUCAGAGGAACCAGCUGUCGCCCGUGUCCGCGAAUCCUACUCGUUACGAGCAGCCGCCGUUGUUCCCGUUCAGAAGCCUACGCGAGAACCAGUCCCAUAGAACGGAACAGAAUCAGGCGCCCAACACCAGCGGCUCCGCCAGUGCUCCGCUUCAGACGCAGACGCCCGCUCCAGGCGCGACGCGUGCGAUUAGCGGGACAUUAGCGGGAUUCGCGGAGCUGUCGAGAAUGGUUAACGAUCCCGUUGCAACGCGAGUCGCCAGUGCGUCUAGCCACGAGGACAGUGGAUCGACAGCGAGCGACAACAGGCAACAACAGCAGCAGCAGCAGCAGCAAAGUCAGGACCAACGAAACACGGAUGACCCGGAUCUCGAUUACGUUAUAGAUCCGAUAAUGCUCGGCGCUGACAAUAUAGACCCGAGAGAGAGUUCACUGGGAGUUCGGCAAGGGAUCCAGUUGCUCAGCCGUCAUAUCGACAACAUGCACCGCUUGUGCCGAGCACGCUUGGAAAUAGUUCAGCUGUGUCAAGUACGCAAAAUGUGGGAGGACCUGCAACGGCAGAUACGAUCGUUGCACGUGACGGUCCGCGUGGAGAGGCAGAACGGCGAUCAAACGGAGGCGCAACGAGACAGCACCGCCGGCAGCAAUCCCGGUCCGUCGACGUCGGCUGCGAGUUCGUCGAAUGAGUCGGCGAGGAAUUUCAAGAAAGAGCUGCUGGAGAACUACCAGAGGGAGAGUAGCGAGGGCGACCGUGACGCGAGGCCAGAGCCGACCGAUCCGAGUCAACCGUCGACGUCGAGCGGGGUGACCGGUCUCGAGAGGAGUCACGAGGACGAGCCGACGUCGAGCACUCGCAACGUCGAGGAGAGCACCAAUAUAAGUCUGUCGAACCUGCUGCCGAGCGACGCCGAGCUACGACGGAUGCAGUGCCUCAAGCUGAACGAGAUGCUGGACGGCCUUUACGCGCGGCUGACCUCGCGCUGCCAGAAUUGCGACUCGCGCGUCGCCGACGCACGAGCGAUGAACGAUCACACGUACUCCAGCCUGACGACCGUCGACGACGUGCAGUUGCCCAGUAUGUCCAGCGUCGUGUCGAACAUCGGAGCCAACGCGAACCUGCCGGCGGUCACCGCGAUAACCACGAACGAGUCGGAGCCGUUGCCCAGCAUCUCGAGUUUCGUCAGCGGUCUCGAUCGCGCCGGUCCCAGUAGAUCAACCCAGGCAUCGGACACGAAUAUUGAUUACUUCGCAGCGAUCGGUAACAGCAGCGACAGGAAUGACGAUAACAAUAUCAAUUCUGAUCCUGUCAUGCAGUAUCCAGCGAACCAAACUGAGACUUUUUGUACCGCGGCUUCCAUAUCGUCAUCCAAAUUAUCUACCAGGAGACUCAACAGACUACGUUAUAGAUACGAAAGGCUAUCUUUUCGAAAUCAUUUAAUGUCGAUGAGAUCGUCUCACCGUCGUAGACAAAGCCUUAGGUCUCAGUCCGCCAAUAAUCCGUUUCGUCAUUGCGAGCACGUUAGAAGACCGUGGAAUUUACGGAGGAACGCACCGCAGAAUAAUAACGGCAGUAAUAACGACGGUUUAGAUGUAGAUAUAGAUAUUCGGGAUAGAACGCGAGGUUCGAACACAUCUGAAUAUCUGCAAAAGAUGAUCCUACGACUGGAAUUGUUGGUCCGACAGCAGAGGGCCUUGGCUCGGAACACCAACAGAAGGUUGAACGGUAACAACCGCCAAUCGGAAACCAGCAGAGACAAUGACAAUCGGGAAAUGGAAGAGAUUCGUGAGGCUACAAGAUUGAGAGCUAGACAAGUCCUUGGCUUGAUGGUGCGAUCUUUGAUCCAAUUUUUCGAAGUGACGAGGUCAGGAAACGGUUCCCAAAGCAAUGUUCUUUAUGAACAGAUGUACAAGCUGUACGUAUUGUUGCAUCUCGCACUAGAGUUAACAGACUUAUUGCUGGCGCAGCUGGUAAUAACAAGGCGAGAGCUGGAAUCUAGUCAGUAUGGACCUUUCCCGUCCGAUUUAUCAGUUGACAGCCAAAACAGAGACGACACGCGCGGCAGUAACAGCGUUGACAACAGCCUGCAGACGGAGAGUCCGCAUCGCGCGAGCGAUAACGCGCCGAGGCGAAACGCGGACAGAGAGCGGUGCCCGAGGAACCGUGCAGAAAUAUCGAAUAACGUGGAGCUCGCGUAUAGGAAUCACAUGCGCUACCGACGACUGAAGCGAAUCUCUUGCUACCGACGGGCAGUUCAAAUCAUCAAUGGUAUUUCCGGAAACCAAACCGGCGGUCCAUCGACGGCUAGGCCUGGCGGCAACGGCGACGAUAACAAUUACGACGAUAGCGCGCAGAACGAAGACAAUCGGCAGUCGACGUCCGAAAACGCCCUGUCGGCCGAGGUGCAGAGUAUCGUGGAGAGAAUCCAGAGCAGCAGCUCGAUCGACAACGACGAUCGCGGCGGCGAGGUGAUCAGGGCGGGUGUCGAGAAUCGUACGAUGGACGCUGCGAAUGAGCCGCGAAACUCGAGCGAGAGCUAUAAUCAGCGGAGCUACAGAAAUGCCACGGUGUCCGAGCCGGCGGUGAGACGCAUCAACGAGUCGAGGGAUCAGCAGGAGACCGGCUCCGCCGCGCAUUCCAGCGAGAGCUGGAGGAACUACAUCUCUUACACGUCGGGAGACGAACAGAACGCCAGAUCGUGGCGUCAGAGAUAUCGUUGGUUUCGCCAGUACGCACGGGGUGCUUGCGCGUCAUUGCACGAGCGUCCUCUGCGUAUCCACAGAUACGGCAGCUCCGAUCCGAACAACAAUCGGAGAUUCCCCCACAACAGGGAGGGCGCGUCCCUCCGACGGGAAUUCAACGUUCCCGAGCUGCAGGUGAACAACGUGCCCGUGAACGACCUGGAUAAUCUAGCCAGCAAUCCACGAAGAAGGCAAAACACGCCGCCGACUCCGCCGCACACACCUCCGCCGUACUUGAUCAAUAAUUUUUUCCAUAAUGUCGACAAUAGGAACAACGAUCGGACAAACGAGUCCACAGAUCAGCCUGGACCAAGUUGGGCUGGGCAGUCGAACAGUAAUAGAACUCGGGUAUUGACUCCAACGUUCCUAACGUUGUGGCGCAAUCGGGUUGGAUCACGAGGAGGUGCUGGUUCGAAUCCCAGUAAUGGCGGUGGUGAUGACGGAGGAAGCGGAGGAAGAGGCGGAGGAAGAGGCGCAGGAGGAGGAGGAGGAGGAGGAGGAGGCGGCGGUAGUGGUGGUGGCGGCGGUGGAGGAGCAGGGGGAGCAGGGGGAGGAGGAGGAGGAGGACAGGAUCCAGGAAAUGAUGAAAAUUACGAUUAUUAUUGGGACUUUGAGCAUCAUAUACCUAUGGGUAUACCAUUCAAUCCAGCGCUGGAAAUUCAGACUUAUCGUGUUCAAGCAUGGGACUUCUCCAACGGCGACAUACCUGAUAUUACGGACUCUGAGAAAAACGUCGUGGUGCGCGAAUGCAAGAUUCAUAACGACGCCAGUAUUGACAUAUCCACGGACGGAAAAUUGCUAGCGACGCUUCUGCAGUCGGGCCGCAUUAAUGUGACGACCACGUUAGGUAUUUACAGCCUGCAGUGGGAAACGCUGGGAGAAAAGAUUUACUCGACCAAUCUCGAUCACACGGUGGUGUCUGUCUCGAUAUCGCCCACGCAGCAGCAUCUUUUGGUGGGUCUGGCACGCCGGAUUCACGUACCCACCAGGCCCUUCACGAUGGCCCUGAUUUACAAGCUCGAGAAGCAGCUCGACGACGAGAAGAACGUGCCGUCGUCAGAUCCGACCGUGGAGCUGACGUACGAUUCCUCGGACGAGAUGCUCGACGAUAACGUUUCCACGAGUAGUAUUCCGAGACGGAAUAACGUUACAGCCAACACUUCCAGGCCGCACAUCCAGGACUGGCGGAUUCGGGUGAGAAACGAGUUUGACAUGGACAUCAAACGUAACCGGGAAAGUAUGGUGCUUAUUCGGGAGUUGAAGCAAAACUGCCGGGAGGUCUCCAGCUACCUCAGUCUAAAUUGCAUCAGGUGGGCGCCGCAGCCGGGCCAAGGGGUGGUUUACGCGACGAACACCGGACAAUUGAAUAUCGUGCAGUGAUUCUACGCCCACGUAGCAGACGGAAGUAAACGUUUUCUUCGUAUUAUAAUGCUUACAAUGAAUGUGUCAUACGCGUAAGAUGUAAUACAGUAUCGCGGUUCGCCCCCCCUCCCUCCCAUCUUUCCCUCUUCCCCAAAUGAUUUUCUUUUCGAUAGACUGUAAGGAGGAUUAUGCCAAUGUACGAUAUGCGACAUGAUUAUAUCGCAAUCGAUUAUCAAUCUAUCGGCAGAUUGUAUGACAGUGAUAAAAUAGCACGAGACUGCUAUGGACUACAAUUUGUAUUUUUAUUCAUUUUCCAUAUAUUGUUCUAAUCAUUUUUUUUUUUUUUUUUUCAUAUUCCGCAAGGAAGCGUAAGAGAAAUGAUGUAUAGAUACGAAAUAAUAUAUGUUCGAUCGAUAUUAAUUAUUAUUGUAUAGUUUAUAUUUUGUGGUUUUUAUAUUCCUAUAAUUUAAAAAGUACUCUCUGCAUCGUUUCUUAUUAGACUGAAUUUGUAGCACUACCCUUUGAGGAAGCUUCUGUUACUAUCUUGUAAUGUAAAAGUGCGGGGGUAACUGGGUCGUUAUAUAAUAUUAAUAUGUAUUUACCGAUCGGAAUAUGAACGUUAAAUACCGUCAAAUAAAUAAUUCAGAACGUACUUCCCACUUUCAUUAUCUUAAUCAUAAGGAAUGGAGCGAUUUGCCGUGCCAUCUCUUUGCAAUACUUUUUAUUUGGUGGAUUUUUAUCUGUUGAUAUAUUUUUA